UGCUUGAUAAAAUGACCAGUGCAUUAAAUAAAAUACAAACAAAAAUUCCUUCUUUGGAUGUUGUCACAGAUCCCUUUGCCAAGCCAAGAAAAGUUUAUUUUAAAGAUGACAAAAUCCCAUUUGAUGGAGUGCCCUUCAGUAUCAUUGGCUCAAAGGUGUUUGACUGCCAACAUGGUCCAGACAGAAAAAAGGCAUUCAAAGCAAGACAAGCCAAUGAGAAGGCUGGCGAUCACUCCUUCAAAAAGAAGAGAUUUUUACCUCAAGACACCAUGAAAUUUGGGUGCACUGCAAGUAUUCGUCUAUCAGAAGUUAUUACAUAUCCAAGUUACAAGUAUAUCAGGGAUGACACAGAGAGACUUCGACGGGACAUGUCCAAAAAGCUAAAGACUGACACCAACAGUGGACAAAAACCUCCAUAUGAACGUAGAAUCUAUAUCUACCUACCAAAGGAGGAUGAACACAAAGACCAUAUCACUGGCGAGGUUUGUUAA